UGAAAAAUUCGACCGGAUGUAGCUUUCUUGUUCGUUGGUAGUGGAACAUAGGUCGCCAUUACGGUCGACAUUUUGUUAGCAAAAUCAACUGUCAAGGGUAGUGUUAGGGCAGCUUGGCUGUCUUUAGAGUUGCUCGACAGUUAAAGACUGUAAUCAUGUGGUAUGAAAUUCUGCCAGGUUUUGCCCUUAUGACGGUGUGUUUGAUAAUCCCCGGUAUCGCCACAACACAUAUCCACAAAUUUACUAACGGAGGAAAGGAAAAGAGAGUCGCUAGGUAUCCGUGGCACUGGUCCCUGAUGGAGAGAGACAGACGAGUGUCAGGUACAGGACGGUUCUUUGACUCUAAGGGACUUGAGAACAUCCGCUGAUCACAAGGGCCAUGAAGACCCAGAUGAGAAAAACCUUCUCUUUUGUACAUUAAAAGAUUAUGUUUUGCAUUCA